AUGGAGUCGUCAAACGGUAUCGAUGAAGUUAUCCAACAUAACGACAUACUAUCAGGCCUACAUGACGCAGUCCGGCAGACAGGUCUUAUCACAGGAAGUUAUUUGUCCAGCUUUGCAAGCGCAACAGCCUUCAUUUUUGGACUCGCCAUCGACCUGCUAGCCCGCGAUCUAAGGGGAAGUAGGGAGUUGAAGCUUGAAAUCGAUAGCCUGAAGAUAAGCCUCAAGAGACUUCAGAAUUGUCAAAAAGAGUACAUCGUCCCCUCCCCACCCGACGACGGUCUUGACGAGGACUCCGAUGAGGACGAGAGCUCCUAUGGGAACCCGGAGCCGACCGAUCAUUGGCGAAGUACCAAGUACGUGGUCUUGAGCCGUAUGUCCACGAUUCUAAUGACAAAACCCGAAGGCGAAGAUAGUGCGAUGGAAGAGAUUCUUCGAUACGCCUCUUCGGCUGACCCCUUCCAGUAUGGCAAUGACCAUAUCUCGAAAAUCACGACAGAUUUAGCAGCAGCCACCAUGUUCUUAAUGAAUUUGCAACAUGAAGGAGGCUAUGGUAACCCUGGAGUUGAAGACCGUUUCCUCCCGGUUUAUUAUAGAGCAUGUGUAGAUCGCCAGCCCAUGGAGUAUGACCUCUGA